AUGUAUCGGUCGACGAAGGGAGCCUCCAAGGCACGGAGAGACCAAAUCAAUGCGGAAAUCAGGAAUCUUAAGGACCUGUUGCCCAUCGCUGAAGGGGAUAAACUCCGGCUGUCGUACCUGCACAUCAUGUCUUUGGCGUGUAUCUACACUCGAAAAUCCAUCUUCUUCUCCAAAGGUACAACUUCAGAAGGCUUGGAGGGGUUGCUUUCUUCCCAGGACUUGGAGGAUUUCAUGCAGUCGCUUCCAGGCUUUCUUCUGGCGUUCACUGGAGAGGGCAAACUCAUCUAUGUGUCAGAAAAUGUUGCUGAGCACCUGGGACACUCUGUGGUGGACCUCGUGGCCCAAGGGGACAGCAUCUACGACAUUAUUGAUCCAGCGGAUCACUUUGUGAUGAGGAACCAGCUGGCCUUGCCCUCUCCAGUAGAUACCAGUCGACUCUUCCGUUGCCACUUUAACACUUCCAAGACUAUCCGGCGACAAAGUGCAGGAAACAAGCUAGUUCUUAUCCGAGGGAGGUUCCACCAGCCACCAGCCGGGUCCUACUGGUCUACUAACCCUAUCUUCACUGCCUUUUGCACUCCUCUGGACCCCAAGCCAAGAAUGAGUCCGAAUUCCUUCUUCCUGUCCUCGUUUGAGAGUCGUCACACAAAAGAUUUGGCCAUUGUGAACAUAUCUGAAAGUGUGAUUUUCCACCUGGGCUUUGAGAAAAGCGAGCUUUUAUGCAAGUCGUGGUACAGCCUGGUCCACCCGGAAGAUCUCACUCAUGCUUCGGCCCAGCAUUACCGACUGUUGGGUGACACAAGUGAAACCCAAGCUGAAAUGGUUCUCCGGCUUCAAACUAAAGAUGGCCUGAACUGGAUAUGGAUCUACUCGCUGCUCCGCUUGGAGAAUACAGAAGUCCCCAUCACUUGCCACAGCUACAUCAUCAGUGAUUCUGAAGCCUGGUGCCUCAAGCAACAGCUGACCACAGAAGAGACCCAAGUGGCUUAUGUCCUCGGAAGCACACCACCUUUCCUGGAAGGCCUUCUGUCUCCAGGGCAGCUCUCCAGCCCUGACCAAGUCUUCACACCCAUGGCUGGCACCCCGACUGGCAGCGUCGCUGUCCCCUCGUUUGACUUUAGUGCUGUGGGUGGCACAGACUGCCCUUCAGGAUUCACCGAGACAACCUCUGCCGGACUGCCCCAGGAGAUGGUGGAGCCCGGAAAUAUCUCCUCCAUGGAGGAGGCCCCCGGCUCCAGCCUCAGCCUGCUCGGCAAAGGCCCGGCAUUCAGCUAUGUGAUUGUCCCGACAGGCUACGAGCAGAGUUUAAGGAGGGACAACCCUGGAAGCUCCUCCAAAGACUUUGUCUGCACCCCUCCAUACACGUGCCACCAAGGCUCUGCCUUCCUCUUUGCAACCCAGGAGUCUUACGCCCCGAGCUCCACCCCAGCAGCUUUGCCUCUGGCAACUGCCCCUGCUCCGUCUGCUGCCGCCGCCGCCACCACAACCACCGCUGUCACCACCACCUCCUCUGAGCUGUUCUACACCCAGGAACAAUGCAGUGCUCUCUAUGAGAAGUUACCGCCUACCCCGGACAGCCCUGGUAAUGGGGACUGUACCGUCAUGACCUUGCCUGAGAUCAGAGGUCCCCUCUAUAUUGACGUGCCCAUGGUGCCUGAGGGGAUCCUGACUCCGGAGGCCUCACCCAUCAAACAGACUUUCUUCAGAUAUUCUGAAAAAGAGAAGAGUGAGAUCAAACUGCUGGCCCAGCAGAUCAGCAGCCUGGCCGAAGCUUUCAGCGCCAUCUCUUCCAGAGAGCUGGCCAAGAACAGCCAGCUCGCCGUUGACUUCUCUGCGCCGGCCGCCAGCCCUGAAGCAUGCCUGGACUUCCAACUUCCAAAGAAUUGGAGGAGCAUUGACUUCUCCUUGUUGACCUGCCCAGAGGAAGAUCUCCUGGAAGAGGAUGCUCUUGAGACCCUUCUCCAAGACCUGUCCGCCUCUCUGUUUGAGAAAGGUGGCACAGGUAUGAGGUGCCCUCACCACCAGUUCUGCGGUGGGAAUGUCAGUAGUCCAAUGAGCUUGGACAACGAAGAUAGUAGCCAAGGAGCUUUGGCUCCCUCGCCCAGCAUGGACCUGCCUCCAGAAGAGCGAUGCUUUUUGGAAGAACUGGCCUCCUAUGAAACAGCCUUUGAGACACGUGCCUCAAACUCUCCCUGUGACGGGUUAGAUGAGUUGUAUCAACUCCAGAGCCACAUGCAAGAAGGCUUUCAUGAAGGCCUGAGAUCAAGCCGGUGCCAGGCCCACAGGAGGGAAGCGGCGAAAGUGGGCGAGCGACCUGCUUCAGUCCCGGGUAGUGGCGGUCUCCCCGCAGCCAGGUGGCGAAAGGCCCGCCAAAGGCCGCCGCCUCUUUCCCGGCAGUUCCCUGGCGCGCAGACUCCAAAGCGGCGCUCCUCCCCGGCCGCGGUUCUCCAAGGACGCGCGCUCUCUCUUCGGCUCGCGCGGUCAGCUUUGCGGGCGUCCAGCCUCAUGGAGCUGGCGGGGCUGAGGAGGCGUCGCAGCCGGGAGGCCUGGUGCUCCCCAGGAGGUGAGACUCCCCCUUGCCCUCGGGGCCAGACCGGAAAAAAAGCGUCUCCGGGCGCCGAGGGUGGGAAGGGGCGCGGCUGGAGGAAGGAUGCGCGGGGGGCACCGAGCGUGGGAUAG